GCGGGCCGCGGCAGCGGCGGGCAGCGCCGGAGCGGCCCUGGGUGCCGGCCCGGGCCCCGCGCCGGGCGCCGGCCGCGCCUGGCACUGAGGAGCCGCAGCCCGGGGAAGGCCUGGGAAGCUUCCUGCCGACGGAGCCGAUCCGUCUCGCUCGGCUUCCCCUCCCCCUGGGCGCCGCGGGCAGCCGGGAGCGCCGCCGCCAUCCUGCGCCUCAGGCUGCCCGGGGGGGAUGCGAGCGGGGCCGCCCCUGCCGCCCGCCCCGCCGCAGCAUGUAGCCGCCCUCGGCCCCGCGCCGCCUCGCCGGCAGCCCGCAGGAGCAGCUCCGGGCCAUGGAGGGCAGCGAGAGGUGAGCAGAGCCGGCCCCGCGCCCUGCCCCGCGCCGCUCCGCGCCGCGGCCAGCCCGACGGGGACCCGCGAUGCCGCUGGGCAUGAAUAAGCAUGGAUCUCGCUCUACUACCUCUUUGCCUCCGGACCCCACCGAGAUCGUCAGGAGCAAGGCCUGCUCCCGAAGGGUCAAGCUCAACGUGGGGGGGCUGGCCCACGAGGUUCUCUGGCGGACCUUGGACAGGUUGCCGCGGACCAGGCUGGGUAAGCUCAGAGACUGCAACACGCACGACUCCCUCAUGGAGAUCUGCGACGACUACAACCUGGAGGAGAACGAGUACUUCUUCGACAGGCAUCCCGGGGCAUUCACCUCUAUCUUGAACUUCUAUCGCACCGGCAAGCUGCACAUGAUGGAGGAGAUGUGCGCCUUGUCCUUCAGCCAGGAGCUGGACUACUGGGGGGUGGAUGAGAUCUACCUGGAGUCCUGCUGCCAGGCCCGCUACCACCAGAAGAAAGAGCAGAUGAAUGAGGAGCUCAAGAGAGAAGCGGAGACCCUGAGGGAAAGGGAAGGGGAGGAAUUCGAUAACACUUGCUGUGCUGAGAAAAGGAAAAAGCUCUGGGACCUCCUGGAGAAGCCCAACUCCUCCGUAGCGGCCAAGAUUUUGGCAAUCAUUUCCAUCAUGUUUAUUGUACUAUCUACAAUUGCCUUGUCCCUUAAUACACUUCCUGAGCUACAAGGUGUGGAUGAAUUUGGGCAGACCACGGAUAACCCCCAGCUGGCCCACGUGGAAGCGGUGUGCAUUGCGUGGUUCACAAUGGAAUACCUCCUGCGCUUCCUCUCCUCCCCUAAGAAAUGGAAGUUCUUCAAAGGCCCGCUGAAUGCUAUAGAUUUGCUGGCCAUCUUACCCUACUAUGUUACUAUCUUCCUCACAGAAUCCAAUAAAAGUGUACUGCAGUUCCAAAAUGUACGAAGAGUGGUCCAAAUAUUUCGGAUUAUGAGGAUACUCCGGAUUCUGAAACUCGCCCGGCACUCAACGGGUUUACAGUCCUUGGGCUUUACACUGAGGAGGAGUUACAAUGAACUUGGAUUACUCAUCUUGUUUCUGGCUAUGGGCAUUAUGAUCUUCUCCAGUUUAGUGUUUUUUGCAGAAAAGGAUGAGGAUGAUACAAAAUUCAAGAGCAUCCCAGCUUCUUUCUGGUGGGCAACAAUCACCAUGACAACAGUAGGCUAUGGAGACAUUUACCCCAAAACUCUUUUGGGUAAAAUAGUAGGAGGACUGUGCUGCAUUGCUGGUGUGCUGGUGAUAGCUCUUCCCAUCCCAAUUAUUGUCAAUAACUUCUCAGAGUUUUACAAAGAGCAGAAGCGGCAGGAGAAAGCCAUUAAGCGCAGGGAGGCUCUUGAAAGAGCAAAAAGAAAUGGCAGUAUUGUUUCCAUGAACAUGAAGGAUGCAUUUGCCCGUAGCAUAGAACUCAUGGACAUUGUGGUUGAAAAGAAUGGAGAAAGCAUAGCCAAAAAGGAUAAAGUUCAGGACAAUCAUUUAUCUCCAAGCAAAUGGAAAUGGACCAAGAGAACACUCUCUGAAACUAGUUCUAGUAAAUCUUUUGAAACUAAGGAACAAGGAUCUCCAGAAAAAGCCAGGUCAUCCUCAAGUCCCCAACACCUGAAUGUCCAACAGCUCGAGGACAUGUACAACAAAAUGGCAAAGACUCAGUCCCAGCCAAACCUUAUCACUAAAGACUCCAGCCAAGCUGGAAAGCAGAAGGAAGAGCUAGAAAUGGAAACCCUUCCCGGCCCCAUGGUGCCGCUGCUGGCCACUCGCACGGAGGGGAUCGUGGACAUGAGGAGCAUGUCCAGCAUCGACAGCUUCAUCAGCUGCGCCGCCGAGUUCCCCGACCCCGCGCGGUUCCCGCACAGCCCGCUCACUGCCCUGCCCUGCAAGGGCAGCAUCAGCGUCAUCCAGGAGCAGAGCCGGCCGGAGGCCAGCGCUGCCAGGUACGUGGAAAUGAACCCAAGCUCUGAAAGCAGCCAUCGCUCCGCUUUCUUCAUUGAAAGUCCCAAAAGCUCCAUAAAGGCCAGUAACCCUUUAAAACUAAGAUCUCUGAAAGUCAACUUCAUGGAAGAGGACACCAGCACAUUAGUACCAGCAUCAAGUGUACUGAGAACAUAUCCAGACCCUCUCAAGAGCCGGGGCGCUGCUGCUGCUGCCACAGACACUUCCUUACUCUCUGACAGGUCUCUCAUGAGCCCAGAAACCUCCAUCUACACAACUGCGAGUGCGAGAACCCCCCCAAAGUCACCAGAGUCCCAGGCAGCCAUAGCUUUCAACUUCCACGAUGCUGGGAUACACAAAUACAUCGAUGCUGACACUGAUGAUGAAGGUCAGCUGAUGUACGAUUCAAGCCCUCCUGGAAAUGUGAGUCCCAAGUACAAUGUUGCAAGCAGUGGCUAUCUAAAGCAAAAGGACCAUGUUUAUAGAACAGAGAAGAACCAUCUAGAAGCUGCUGCUUUGCCCACCUCCCCUAAGCUGAUAGGGCAGAACUGCAUUUACUCUAUGGAAGGUAUCACUGGAAGAACCCAGGGCAAUCAGGAGACUGUCAGGCUAGAAAAUCACAUUUCCCCAGAAGUCCAUGUAUUACCAGGCAGCGGAGGACAUGCUAACACACAUGAUCAAAGCAUCUGAGGUGGGGUCUGAAAGAACUUACUGAGAGUUUAAAGGAAUAUCUUCACAGUCAACACAAACAAAAGAGCUUCUGCAUGGCAUGAACUUGGCUGAAACAAGCCACCUGUUUCUAAAAGUCUGGGGGAGGUCCAGUGUGGGUUUGUGAAAAUGUCCUUCUCUGAAACAACUCUAAAGACAUUGCCCACAUCAGUCCAAAAAAUGAUUGCAAUUCAUGAUCACACAUUGAUCUCCUUUCAUGUUGUCCAGUGAAGCCAAUGUGACCAAAUAUCCAUCCAUUCCCCUUGAACGCUAGAGCUCCUUUUGGAAAUAUUAACAUCUGAUUUGCAUUAGUUCCAUAAAGGAUGCCAAGGCAGCCAGAUUUGAACUCUGGAAUAAAUUGCUGGGGUUGGUAUAAAGCUUUCAAAAACACAAUGCUCACUGCUUCAGGGCAGCGGUUCCCCACCUACAGCUUUCUCUGAUGGAUAUUAUGUUUAAAGGUAGCAGGGAACACUUGCAUUAUUGGAAAAUCCAAGGGAAAAGCAUUCGAAACAAUUAAUGGUCUAGAGAAACCAAUUCUGAAAAUGCUCUUUGUGUGUUUAACAAUCUGAUAUCCUGUAGGACCCGAUAUUUUCUUUUGAAAUAUUAGCAGGGUGAGUUGCACCACUUGUAUCUGACUCCAAACAUGCCCCAGGACGCAGUGAGACUGGCACUUGCCCUCUGCUAGAAGCCGGUAGCUGCCCCGGGGCCAGGCGUGGCCCGGGAAGGCGCAGGAGCCAUGCAGAAGCAGGAGACCCCGAGGCGGCGCAGCCGAGCCCGCCCGGGCUCACCGGGGCCGAGCCGUGCCCGCCCGGGAUGAGCUGUGCCAGCCUGGAUGAGCCGUGCCCACCCGGGAUGAGCCGUGCCAGCCGGGAUGAGCCGUGCCCGCCCGGGAUGAGCCGUGCCAGCCCGGGAUGAGCCGUGCCAGCCCGGGAUGAGCCGUGCCCGCCCGGGAGGAG